AGUAAAGAGGGAGAUGCAAUGGCAGAGAAUUCAGCUCAUUUAGCUGCUAAUUUACAGAGCAAACCAUCGCUCUUUGAAGUGGUGGCUGUAGAAUCCCUGGCAGGAACUUUCUAUCCAGCAUUCCGACGGAUUACGCAAUUCCUGGUUCUGAGAAAUCCAGAGAGAUUUGCACUCCUGGACAGGUACUAUGAUGAAAUCUUCCUGGUAGUCAAUGGAAUAAUUCAGAAUUACUAUCUGAAAAAUCGAGGAGGAACACUUUCGGAGAUCUUCUAUGGAUUGAGAAGGGUCUCAACAGAAACCAAUGGAUUUAGUAAAAGAGAUCACAUCUUUGCCUUAUUUUGCACUGUGAUAGUGCCCUAUUUGAGGGUGAAAGCCGAAAAGCUCAUUAACCAUUGGAAGGAAACCCUGAGAGAUGGUGUUCAAGUACCAAAAGCUGAAUUGAAACAAUUCAUCAUACAAAUUCACGGAACUUCCGUGGGAAUUUAUGAGUGCCUCAAAAUUGCCCAGUACAUAGCAUACUUGGCAGGAUAUUCAAAAUCCCAUACGCCACUUUUUAGAGCAACAAGACAGGGCCUCACGUACAUCCAAGGCGAGGAAGAGGAUAUCGAAUGGAGCUGGAAGAAUUUGCUUCGAGGACACGUGAAAAUAUCCACGGUGUUGAGUGAAAUUGUCCUCAAAGGUCUUGAAUUUUCCGCCUUUUUCAUCCAAUUCCUCCAAUGGUGGCAAACAGAAGCCCAACACACUGACCUUACAAGUCUUCCAACCCCUGACUAUCCCAUCCUCACCAGGGACUUCAAUUACCAGGAUGUAUGUCCUAUUUGCCUGGGAAAGUGGACAAGACCAACAUGCUGUGCCAUUUCCGGCUACAUCUACUGCUACAAAUGCAUCGUGACUGCAAUUGAGAGAACAGGAAUCUGCCCAGCCAGCAACUAUCCCAUCUCAAUUGACGAUAUCUUCCUCCUGUACGAUGACUAAAUAAAAUUCAAUUUAUUUUUAACAAAAAAAAAAACACAACUCCUUUUCAAUUGGACUCUGCAUUAAUUUAUUGAACUUUCAAAAAUUUUCGUUUUUGCACUUCUAUGAGAUGUUCUGAAAAUCAACAUUAAUUCAUAUCUGGUAUAAAUGCGAAGAUUAUUUUGUCAACUGAUAAAGAUAUUUUUUUUUUACGGAUAUCUGUUAUACAUUACUUAUAUGAAGUAAAAAGAUAAAACAUUACGAGUACAUAAAACAUACAAAAAUCAAAGAAAAAAUGUUUAUUAUAACUCUUUGUUUCAAAUGGCCACAUGCAUUGAACAAAAACUUUAUGUAAUUUGUUUUGUUUUUUGACUAUAAUAAAAAUAAAUGAGUCUCAAAAAUUGGUCAAUGGUACAAAAA